CAGACACAGUGACUCUUGGAAUAGAAGGCUUGAGAGCAAGGUAAGCCUAUUAUUAAUGAUGUGUUCCUAACAUAUCCUAAACCUUCACCAACACUUAACCUACUUUAUUGUGAUAGUUACCAGCUUGAUAUUGCAUUCUGCAUAUGAUGGUGCUUACUUGUCAUUUUGUAUUUUAUUUUUUUUCUUUCCUUAUACAUGGCUUUUCUCAAACAGGGUUAUUUACUAACAUGAGACUUCUAAAUGAACUGAGCUUUCAUUUCAGCUACUCUGGACUUUCAGUUCAAUUUUCAUUUGGAGUUUGCAAUUUAUUGAAUAACCCUGUAUUAUAGAGGGCGGUGUGGGGAGGGUUAAAGUUCACUAGUGUUUGAUAAAUAUCUGUCAGUAUGUUACCAUGGUACUUAAUCAAUUCCUAUUUAAGAUCUGUAACUGAACGAUUUGAUUCUAAAAAGCUUAAAAUCCUGUCCCCUCUGUACCAGUUCAUUCUUUGGUAGUUGCGCCAUGGAUGUGGCUUAUGCAUGCAUAUAUGCUUAUUUUAUUUACUUAACUUUUCUAUUUGUCAUUCUUUUAAUACCUGCAGGCAGCGUUAUUCACUGCAGUGUGCAUUGUUGAAAAUUGAACUUUUCACUUUCCUUCCCCCUCCCACUUUGAUUUCACUGAAAGUCAUGCAUAUCCAAUAAAGCACCAGCAUAGUUUAUCAGCGUAUGGGUUAUCCAUGCACCAUGACCACUUCAAUGUGGUCAUGGUACAAGGACCCUGAACUUAAUUAUAAAAAAAAAAAAAAACUGGAAACUUAGCUACAGAGAGCCCUUAGAACCUGAAUAAAAAUAAAAAUAAUCCAUUAGAUACUCAAAAAAAAAUAAAUAAAUAAAUAAAAAAAAAUAAUAAAUAAAUAAAUAAUAUAUAUAUUGUAUGAUGCAUCCACCAUUCAGAAAAAAGAAGUUUGUCUUGUUGUUGGACAACAGUGUGAAUUCUAGCAGCUUGACUUUCAUUGCAGUUUAUUUUGGUAUAAUGUAUCUUCCCUGAAAGAAGGCAAUGGGUCAGUCAGGAUCUCCCUUUUAAUAAAGAUGUUACUAGUGGAAAGGAAUACCAUUCAGAAUCUGUUGGCGCUAUAUAAAUUGCAAUAAUAAUCGGUUUAAUAGAGGAGCAGUCUAACCGAGGAUGUCCAGGACAACUGCUAAAUCCUGAUGAUCCAUUAGAUUAGUUUUUCCCUAAAAUCUGAGCUGUAGUGAAUUGAAAUCUGAAUGGCAAAAUGUAGACUAAUAGAGCCAAUCUGACACUCUUUAUUUGUCAUUGUGCUACUAUUUGGAGUUUUGAGCUUUAUUUUGUAUCUUUUUGCAUAGGACUCUUGAGUGACACUUAUGAUCAUCAUAGCAAUUUAUAUCUUCGUUGCUUAGUGAUUCAUUAUGUCAAAUGCCAAAAGAGGCCGGGCGUUGAUCAUUGCCAUGACCGAAUUCCACAAUCGCUCUGAGCGCAGCAGGGACAUGUUGGAACCACGCAAGGGGGUAAAACGUGACACAGACCGGCUCUUCAGGGCCCUUUCCCUGCUGGGCUACAAUGUUUCCCUUCACCUGGAUGUGAGUGCCAGAGAAAUCAGAGAAAUCUACCAUAACGGUAAGAAAUUUAGGCAAUGUUGACUUUAGGUAGUUUCAUUUUAGUUGAAACCGAUGCACACAGAUCACACUAGAGAAAACUGGUUUGGAGAAAGACAGUGGAUAAUGUUGUCUGAUCUAAAAAUUAAUUUAAUUUUUUUUGUAUGUAUUUUGUGUGUGGCUGUUGAUACUAGGCCUUGUGGAUUCAGAAUUACUGUCUGUAAUUACAGUAUUUAAUGUAUGGACAUGAAAACCUAUAUGAGAGAGCACAAAGUUCCAUGUCUGUUUCCUUGUUGGCUUGCGUCGUGUUUUUGAUUCCCCUGCAGAUCAUUUGUUGAUGAGUGUUUCUCUCUUUUUAGAAUCGAGGUUUGUGCAAGGAGAAUGUUUUAUCAGCAUUUUGUCAAGUCAUGGCCAGGAAGGGCUAAUUUAUGACUUCUAUGGUGAGCCUGUUUAUCUGAGGGAUUUGUAUGAUUCCCUUUCUCCAAAAAACUGCCCUGCAUUGGCUGGAAUACCCAAGUUAUUCUUCAUACAGGUACGAGUGUCUUUUUCCACAGUGCUCCAACUCUUUGAUUAUGGUAACUCUUCAUCAGCCCAUGCCCUGAUUACAUCUUCAUAGUUCAUAAUGAAACUGUAAGUCUCUACUUUUCACACAUUUUCCUAUAAACGUCUCUUGGAUUCAGUUUAAAAUCCUGAUGUCUAUCUGCAAAGCUCUCUGCAACUGAGCUCCAGUCUACAUGUCCUCACUAGGUCAUCUGUUGGUAACUGAAUAAAGGGCAUAUUUAUGAAUCGUUUAUUUACAUAUCAUCACUAAAUUUUUGAAAUUCUUAUCUAACCUUCUGUUCUGCCUGUGACGCGUGUAUGCAUUGUUGCACCCCAGCCCCCGACACCCACAUGCAGUACUAGUUUAUGGCAUCCCAAUUGUUAUGUAUUGCCUUACUCUCUACUUUUAAAAUCCCAUUUCUUUAGAGAAACAUACCAGUUAUCUGUGUAAUACCUCCUUCUAAAGCAGUUCAAUUCUGCCUCAAAUUUAUUUGCACCUUCUAUUUUACCAUAAGUUGUAUCAUUUAUAUAUUCUGUUUUCGGUUAGUUCACCUAGCACUCACUCAUCCCGCUGGGGACACUGUACGUUGACCUUUUUAUAAUUCUAUGUCCCCUCCUUUUUGCAGGGAGAAUAUUUUGACAUGAGAGAUUGAUUUUGUAAGGCAAUACUGGGAUGCGACACAAAAGCUAUAACCCCUUUCAUUCUUGUUUGUCUACAGGCUUGCCGAGGAAAGGAGAUAGAUGAAGGAGUGGUACUGGAGACAGACUCUGCAGAAUGUGAGGCCGACACUUUUUGUCACAGCUGGAAUCUCCCAAGUGACACGGUUGUCAUGUUUGCAACCAGUGAGGGUAUGUGAACAAAGUUUCUGAACAUCUGCACGUCCCAUAACAUUUCUGUAGCUAUUACCUUGGAGUCUGAGAUAUUACUAUUGUAUGUUUUGCUAGCCUCGCUUGAAGCUCCCCCCAAGGAGCAUUCGUUGGCUCCAGCUAGUUAAGUCAUGCUUGGCUUUCUGAUUCGUGCUCUCUGCCAAUGAGCUAAGCCAUGUACUGUCCUGCUAUUAAAGGUCCACUAUAGACACCCAGACCACUUCAGCUUAAUGAAGAAGUGGUCUGGGUGCCAGGUCCAGCUAGGUUUAACCCUUUUUUUUUUUUUUUUUUUUUCUAUAAACAUAGCAGUUUCAGAGAAACUGCUAUGUUUAUAAUGGGGUUAAUCCAGCCUCUAGUGGCUGUCUCAUUGAUGAUUUUUCACAGUGAGAAGGCGCCAGCGUCCAUAGGAAAGCAUUGAGAAUGCUUUCCUAUGGACUGGCUGAAAGCUUGUGCUGCGCAUGCGCAUUCAUCCGAGGGGGAAGAGUUCCCCGCCCGGCGCUGGAGAAAGAGGAAAGUUUAACCCCUUCCUCCCCCUAGAGCCUGGCGGGAGGGGGACCCUGAGCGUGGGGGCACCCUAUAUAUAAUAUAUGUUUUCCUGGCACUAUAGUGGUCCUUUAAGUGCAGAGCCAGAGAGCUUAUUGCUGCCCAAAAGAAAUAGAUUGUCUUACCCCUAGGUAAGCUGUUAAACAAUUUGCAAAUGGAGUGCGCCAGGGCAUUCAUGACACCAUAACCACUACAGUGGACUGCUGUGGUGCUUGGAGUGUUCUUUUAAUGACAAACUCUACCAAUUCAUUUCAGUAUAAGCACAGAUUUCAGUUAUACUUGUAGCAGAACAUUCCCACUGUGUUCAGCUAGACAUUACAUAGCUCCCAAGUGAACCCCACACUUGGCACACUUUGAACUGCUAAACAUUCUGGAAUCAAGAAGAAUAGUAGCUGAGUUCACUUGGGAAAACAAACACCUUAAAAUGGUGUGUGUAAAAAAAGGAAAAAAAAUAUAUAUUUUUUAUAUAUAUAUAUAUAUAUAUAUAUAUAUAUAUCCCUCAGCCCCCCUUGGCUAAAUCCAUUGUUGAAGGGGAUUCACUAAUACUGGUUACAAAGACGUACUAUUUUUAUUUUUAAUUUUUUUUAACUUCUUAAAUGUUGCUGUUUGUUAUUCAUCUGAUUUGUCACCCACUCACAAUAGAUUAACUGAAUUGAGGUUUGGUGAAUAGGGUUCUUGAUAAUGCUGUGUGUCCUUAUUAUUGUAAUACCUGAUAUACAAUACAUGACUUGUCAGUAGCUAUGUAAUAAUUUUACAUUCCUCUUCAUAGGGUACGUGGCUUUCCAGAAUCCUGCUGGCUCAUUCUUCCUACAAACGUUAUGUGACAUUAUUGAGGGGGAGGAACGCGAGCUUGCACUAAACCAAAUCUUCACCCUCAUUUCCUACCAUACAGCCUACAAUUUCCAAAGCCGUGGCACAUAUGCCGGCUACAAAGAGAUGCCAUGCUUCAUAACCAACCUUACCAAGGAGCUGAGGCCAUUCAGACAGUUAGAAAAUACCUGCUGAACUUGCCCCUUACCAACACCUUCCACACCCAUAAUGCUCUGAUUCAUUUAACUCUUAGAAACCCAAGCAUCAUGUUCCUAAUAUUGUGGUUACAAUAAUUCGAGUUCCCUUUCAGUACAGCUUUCACUAAACAAGUAUAAGCAGGUCCAUUCUUCAUAUAAAACUGUUUGUAUAACUACACCUCAGUCCAAAAUCCUUUCAGGCAGAAGAGGGCAAGUUAAAAUCAAUUUGUUUGUAUGUUUGUUUGUUUUUUGUUUUUUUUGUUUGUUUUUUGGGGCGGGGGGAGGAGGAAGGGUGGUUUCCUUUGCAUGCAAUGUAUGUGACAGAUGGACAUUACUGGGGGCAUGACAUACAUGUCCCUUCAUAUGCCCUACAUGAUGGAGCUAUUCACUGAUAGCUGGGCGUACAUUUGAGGCACAGACUUUCACAUUGACCCCAAUGACAACCUGCAUGUUCUAUGGUUCCAGUACAGACUCGUCUCAACCUGUGGUCACUUGCAAGCACCCCGGAACCACUAUACAUACUCAUCAUAGUCUGGCACCCUGACUAACCCCUGUAGUCUUCUUGGAAAUAUUCUUGCAUGCCAACCCAGGCCACUGGCCCCACACAACUUUGUGCUAGAAAAGACCUUGCACAGUUCUUGCCUGCUACCUUACUCCUACAGUACCUUGUUGGAAGCAUCACAAAUGAUCUUUUUCUAUAUUAAUCCACUGAAAAAUGGCGUGAUGCUGUGGCCAAUCACUCCCGGAGACUACUGGCCCAGGGAAAUUUGCUCCCCUUGUCUGCCCUUCAGGACUUCACACCUGUUGUGCUUUAAAUUCAUGCAAUUUUAAUUUCUCACAUUGUUUACAAAAG